AAAAAUGUAACAGAUAACUCAUUAGAUCUAUGCAAAAAGAGUUGCCUUGCAAAUCAAUAUAACUCCAAUUCAAAUUUGCGUGCUUUAGCGGAUGAGGUAGCUGAAAAACAUGACGAAAUCUGUGACUUAAGGCGACGAAUUAGCUGCUUAGAGGAUGAGAUACAGAAGGCGCAACAAAAGAUUCAGCUAAAGGACAAUGUUAUAAAAGAGUUGCGAAAUGAUUUGAAACGUGUCAAUACCAAGCUAAUUGAUAACGGUUUAAGUAUUUGUGGUACAUGUGCCGGAGCUUCGUCCAAUUAUAGUAUGCCACCGAUCAACUUGGAGGAACUGUCGUCACGAAGUGCUUCGACACAAGUGUCUGCUGGGUUAAUGUCAUGCAACCAGGUUUCAUUUAUUGCUGAAAAUUUGUCAUAUGAUUCAUUGAGUAAUGCCGGUCAAGUGGAACAACAAAAGCUAAAAGCUCUAGAAAUUGAAUUAAACGAACUUUUUCAAGUUACCAAGGAGUUUAAAAGCCAUAAUCUAGAAUAUCAUCGAAAGCGACUGUCAGAUAUUUUAAAAAAAUCAGAAAGUGAAAAAGCAGAAGCCUAUAGAAAGUUAGACUCCAUUCGCAAGCAGCUCAUUAACUUAGAAGCUUCUACCGCAAUGUCGUUUAAAAGCUGCUCCAAUGAUUCUGAUUCAGGCCUUAGCUCUAAAUGCGACAGUGAUCAGGAUGCUAAGAUAUUUGAUGCUCUUCGAAAUCGUUUACAACGUCUAAAUGAAAUGAACAUGACAUUGAAUCAUCGCGUUCAGGCGCUUACAAUUGAAAAUAAUGAACUUUCGACAUGCUUAAAAACAGAGCAGACUUUUGCAAAGAGGAAUAGUGAUACACUAAAGACUCUAGCUGAUAUGAUUUGUGGAAUGGAAAACACAUUAAGCGUUGCGAAUAAUGCAGUAUCGUCAAGGAAACUUGCAAAUCAGCUGGGAAACGAGGGAAUAUCUUACAUUUCAAAGUCCGGCAAAUUAAUUUCCGCGCGGGUAUUGCGUAAAUUGGAAACUUGUAGGAAAAACUGCGCUUCUAAAAUAUCUUAUGACCAGCAAAAAGAAAUACAUAAGGCUUAUUGGACACACGGGUCAUAUCGUUUGCGAAGAGCAGGUGGUGCUGCGUUGAUUGAACUGCAGACUACUAAAACCAUUAAGCGGUUUAAGUCUGCU